AUGAAGCCCUCUAGGACACAUCAGAGUGUUAUACACAAAGCGGAUCGCAGGGUGAGAGAACUUUACCGCUACUAUCAGCCUGCUGGCUCUGCCGGCCUCAUUCCCUCUUGGCUGGCUCCGAGUGAAGAUUUACCGUCCUCUGGCUCUGCAGGGACCCCAAGCACUCCGGCUACUGGCGAUAGCUUGACACGAUGCCGCAGUAGUGCCACCUCGCGCCCGUCCACUGCGAUAGGUCCGGAAGACCUUGUGCUGGGCUCGCCCAACAAUACCUUGACUUCAUUUGCGCAACUUGCGGCUCUGCGAUUGGAUGCAGAGCGUGCCUUCAUUUGCGUUCUUGAUCGAGACCGCCAGUAUAUUCUUGCGGAGGCUACGAAAUCAGUCAAUUUGAAUGAUAAAUCUGUGCAUGACCAUCAGGGCAACCUUUGGAUUGGAUCGACUGGUAGUAGCAGAGCGUGGAGCUUGUGCCAUGAAACCACUGCAUUACCUCCAUCCGAUCGCAAAACACCUCAUUAUGAAUACCUCAUAGUCAACAACCUGGCGGAAAACGACCGCUACAGCCAGUUACCUUUCGUGGCAAAUGAACCCAAAUUUCGAUUCUACGCGGGAACGCCCUUGACGACGGAUAAUAGUAUCAACUUGGGAUGCUUUUUUGUAUUGGAUCAAAAGCCCCGAAAUGGCUUGACGUCGUUGGAGAAGGAUACCCUCGGAUCGUUGUCCACAUUGGUGAUGGAUUACCUGAAAGUCUGUCGACAGGCGUCCGAGGGUCGACGAGCUGCACGCCUGUCUAAAGGACUGAGCUUUUUCGUCGAAGGAAGCUCGAGUUUCAUCGAUAGUGUCGAUCCAUCCCGCGCCGAUAGUUGUGCCCCGCAUUCAGUAACGCCAGCGUCCACAAACAAUCGGAUUAGCAUGUCAGGGGGAUCUCGUGGGAGUCACAACUCUGAUCGUGCAUCCCAUGAGGUAUCGCAUAGCCCACCGAAUGACCGGUCGCUGAGCAGCGAUGCUCGGUCCACGGGUUCGGGUAUUUCGGGCGCCUCAUUUUCAAAAGAGAAUACGGGAACUUCGGGCGCGGCUAGUUCGCUCCCAGAGUGGCUCACUAGCAGUAGCAGCAAUCGACUUCCGCCCGACGACUCGCAUGGUAAUUCGUGGUGCUUCCGCCGUGCAGCGAAUCUCCUUCGUGAGAGUCUUGAUUUGGACAACGAUGGAGGCGUUAUCUUUUACGAAGCUACGAACAACUUUAUGGACGGAGAUGGUGGAAGCGACUGCUCUGGGAGUGAUACCGGUGGCCCUGCGACGAUUUUGUCUAUGUCAACUAACGAAGAUCCAUUCUCCCCACGAGCCGGAUCUGUGGUUACGUCACCAGCAGCCAACUUGGAUCGCUCGUUCCUGAGUUUGAUUCUUCGGCGAUAUCCCAGAGGCAAGCUGUGGUCUUUCCAUCGUGAUGGGAUGAUCUCCACAUCUGAUGAUGACGAUGAUCAAAAGCCUCGCGACGGGCUCACCACGUCUGCCAAUCGCUCACCUCCUGGUGCUCCGCCCAUCGACGUCACAAAACCGCUGGGCAGGAAAAAGAAGGCUGUCGAGAACUCCUGGCUCAAUCAGUACUUCCCGGGUGCUACGCAAAUUAUGUUCGUGCCAUUGUGGAAUGCAGUAGCCUCGCAGUGGUUUGCUGGUUGUUUCUGUUAUACAACUCUCGAAACCCAUGUUUUCUCAUCUUCUGUUGAGCUGAGUUCCGUCCUUGGAUUCGGCUCAUCGGUCAUGGCUGAGUAUAGCCGUGUGGAGUCCCUUAUUGCCGAUCGACAAAAGGGCGACUUCAUCGGCAGUAUCUCUCACGAACUCCGAAGUCCACUUCAUGGUAUUCUGGCGGCGGCUGAAUUCUUGAACGACACCCAGCUCAACGAAUUCCAAGGCUCCUUACUCGAGACGGUCAAUGCUUGUGGCAGAACCCUCCUUGAUACGAUGAAUCAAGUCCUCGAUUUCAGCAAGGUUGUUUCUCUGGAGCGAACGUGGCGCUCUCUGAAACGGAGGAAGGAAUCCCCCCUCGAUUUCAAAGGGAACGAUAAACUCGCCUCUCACCUGGACUCGUAUGUGGACACAGAUCUUGCCAUCCUGGCCGAAGAAGUCGUGGAAGGGAUUUGUCUCGGCGAUGCAUAUGGUCAGAGUUCUACAGCCUCGGCCGAUCUUCCGGUUCUGUUGUCUCACAGCCACGCAAAACAUGGGGGUUCCCGCAAUAAUGUCGUCGUGUCCAUUGAUGUUCAACACCAGGACUGGGUAUACCGUACUCAACCAGGUGCUUUGCGUCGAAUCAUCAUGAAUAUCUUCGGAAAUGCGAUGAAGUAUACCGAAGAAGGCCGAGUCUCUCUGAGCUUAGAGGCUGUCAGUCAUUCCGAGGGCCGCUCCCGCCGACAGGGACUGGAAGAUAUGGUCACCUUGACGGUGUCGGAUACUGGAAGAGGUAUAUCCGAGGAGUUCCUGCGUAGCAAAUUAUAUACGCCUUUUGCCCAGGAAGAUCCUCUCGCGGUAGGUACAGGGCUGGGCCUUUCCAUUGUACGCAGCCUUGUCAAAGCGCUGAAUGGCCACAUCCGUGUUCGCAGUCGACCCGGUGAGGGUACAAUUGUUCGCGUGAUCUUGCCCCUGGCCAGACCGGUUGGCGAAGAAAGUCCGCCAGUUGAGCCGCAUACCUAUAACGUCCAGCAGCGUGAAAUCUUGACCAAAAUGCUCAUGUUGCGCGAAGGCUACCCUGGGAAACGGGUUGCCAUCUGGGGGAUCGAACCGGAGAAUCUGACCCAGAACGAAACGUGGGGUGAGAUUGCCAAGUAUCUUACCGAAUGGUUUGGUGUCGAAGUCGUUCCGUGGCCUUGUUCGCUGCCUUUGGAUAUCUUGCUCAUUCGAGAGAUUGAUCUGCAAGACUUACGAAAGGUUGAGCUUCCAGCGACUCUUCCUUCGCUUCUGGUACUCUGCUCCAAGCCAGUGGAUUACAGCGUCGCGCAGUCCGAGUGGUUGCCUCUUGCUUCCUCCGUGGAUAUCAUCAGACGCCCAUGCGGUCCUCACAAACUGGCCCGGAGUGUUCUGAAAUGCUUGCAAAACUCUCGAUCAACCGUCGUUACGCCUGCGUGUGGAGAUAAAGAUCCCAUGGAAUCUAUGGAUCUCGUUAUUCGAGCGCCGCCGAUAUCUUCCACUCUCUCGUCUCCCACCUCUUGCGCGAUUGACGACACUAUUCCACACGUUGGUCCUGAAAAAACUGCCGGUACUGGUCCAACAUCUUUGGGUGAGCUUCCUCCCGACGCCUCUGUCAUUUCCGCACCGCCGGAAGCCAUUGUUGCAGCGCCCUUGCCUCGCCCACUCGUCGAAGGGGCUAUUGAAUCAAAACGACCGAUACGGGUUCUCGUGGUUGAUGAUAAUCGCAUCAAUCUCAAUCUGAUGAUGACGUUCAUGAAGAAGCGCCAUCUAUCAGAAUUGGUCGCAGCAGAGAAUGGCAAACUCGCCGUGGAGGCAGUCGAGCGGAUGCCUACUGGAUUUGACAUCAUCUUCAUGGAUAUGUCGAUGCCUGUGAUGAACGGAUUCGAAGCAACCCGCGCUAUCCGCGCACUGGAGCGAGAGAGUGAUGGCCGCAGGCCGGCUAUCAUUAUCGCUUUGACGGGGCUAAGCAGUUCGCGGGAUGAGUCCGAGGCUUUGGCUUCCGGUGUGGACUUCUUCCUGACAAAACCUGUAUCUUUCCGGGAAGUCUCUCGCCUUCUGGAUGAAUGGGAAAGGGAUGAUCUGAAAAAGGAACGGAGGAAUGAAACAUGA